GGAUACUUUGCCCUCCUCUCCAGAGAGUCACGUCAUUGGUGGAGGGCCGAUGGAGGAAGCGCUGCAGCUCUGGAAGUUUUACCUUCUGCCAGUAAACGUGUUGAACAAGACAAAAAGAAAGAAAGAAAGAUAUAUUUUACAGCGUUGUGAAUAGUAGAUAGCAGAGGAGAGUUCACUUUAUUUCGGACUCGUAUCGUUCCGCCAUGGAGCUUGCCGAAGAGCCGUCGCCGUCUCUGGCUUUCGAGAAGGACGCGUUUGAGCUCACGGUGGAGGACGUGUAUGACAUCUCGUAUGUGAUCGGACGAGAUUUGUUGAAAAUAAGCAGCACAGGCGAAGAAGUGUCGGACUUACAGUUCAGAAUAGUCCGCGUGUUGGAAAUGUUCGAGACUUUAGUGAAUAAGUACAACUUGUCCCUGGAGGAGCUGAGGAUGGAGCGGGACAACUUGAAGAGCGAACUGGACCGGGUCGUCCACGAGAGCUCCUCCGGGCAGGGCACGCAAACAGCGGGUCCAAACCAGCUGCUGGUGGACCUCACGGACCCCAAUAGGCCGCGCUUCACCAUGCAGGAGCUGAAGGAGGUUCUGCAGGAGAGGAACCAGCUCAAAGCUCAGCUCAUGGUGGCUCAGGAGGAGCUUCAGCUGUACAAGAGUGGGAUUCUGCCACAAGCUGAACCAGCCAUGGUGGAGGUGGAUCUGGAGACACAGACACCCACGGGUCACAGGCCAGCCAUAAUAAAUGAUUCAAAAGAGGAGAAGAGCACCAUAAGCAAACUGUUUUCAUUCAGGCGAAAAUAAGAAAAAUCUCAGAACUGACCAGAAGAAAAACGGGAGUUGCCGGUACACUUAAUUAACCACUUUUAUAUGCAUCAUCUUUUUUUUUUUACCAUGUCUGCUUGUUUAACGAGCACUGUAUUUUGUACUGGUAAUUUUAAACUAAAAUACUUUAUCUUAGUGGAUGUAGUAGAGAUAUAUACCAUGUUGAAAGUUUGGUGAAGAUAUGAAAUUAAACUGGAAAGUAUUAUGUCAAUAGUGUUGGAGGUUAUGUUGAACGCAUUCACUCGAAAGGAAGUCAUUUUAGACUUAAAUUGAUAAAAAAAAAUUUUUAAUGUGUUAUUUCACAUCGAUGAUACAAGUUCUCAUCUCAUAUCAAAGUAGACAAAGUAAGAUUGUAUUGUUAAUCCAAUAAAGUCACAAGUCC